UCAGUGAUUACCGUGCAGUCCUUGCGACACGACCUCUGCCUUCCUGUGCUGCUGUUGGUGACACCGGGGGUUGCUUGACCGCCCGCGCGCGCUCUGCGACGGCGAACGACAUCCGCGUUUCCUAUUCCGUUAUCUCCCCGUCGAAUGAAACCUGUGAUCGAGGUGUCGCUGAAAAAAGUGCAGUGUACCCGGUGACACACGGGAUUUAUAUAAGAUAUAUCCGUUUCGAUUCGUUGAAAUUAUACCUUGGCAACACCUGUCGAAAGAUCCGGUAGCGCUGUCUCGAGAGACAAUGGAUCGGUCGCGUGGCGAACCGCGAUGGACAAUGAGAACGAGAACGGAGCAGGCUUGACGGGCCUGCACGCGUGUCGCUGCCGGACCGCAAGACUAUGCGGUAACACGCGCGCGAGUUUCGAUCCUCCGAACUUUUCAACAAGUUGUAACGAUCAACGCCGGUUAACCCCCGUGGCUAAGGGUGAACGAGCCAGUGUGUUAGUGUUUCUAUGUGCGUGGCCGCGGAUACCGAGGCAUUCGAGGAACGCGUCGAAGCGUUUUACUCGAGGGACCUCGAGUGAAUUGUUUCGCAGUGGGAGAAGUUCUCGGUGACUUUCGACACGACGCGACGCACCGGCUUAACGAGCUGUUAAUUGUAUCGAGAUCGUUGCUCCCGAUCGACACACACUCUCGUGGAAAUGAUGUGAUUGUGAACGAUGGAUCGUUUAUCUGGAAAAUUCUUGGGAAAAGGAAACGACUUGUAGAACAGAUUGCGAAAAAUUGUCCAGCAACGAGGCGAGGAGAAAAGGAAAACGAGCGAGAAAGAAAGUCCCGGCAAUCGACGGAUGAGAGUUUGAGUCGCAAAAAGUGGUUUCGAGAGUGGCUGGCGCGAGUUAACUCGGUGAAAAGAGAGCUGGAGGAGCGUCAGCAGCUCCUAGCUCCGUUGGAAAAAGAUAAAAUAAAAAGAAAGAGGAGGAAGCUCGUACCACGCGAGGGUGGCCUGUGGUUCUCUCGUUGAAACGGAGACACGAGCGAUCGAAAGAGAGAAAGAAGGACACGAAAGUGCGAUCGAACGAAAGAGAAGAGACAGGAUUAGAACUCGCGUGUCGUUGGUGUGACUACCAGUGACGUGACGUGACGUGACACGACGUCGAGCCGUCGAGCCGUCGAGCCGUCGAGCCGUCGAGAUGCCCAGGGAUGAGAUGGCUGCCUCCGUUCGCACCACCCUUUCCAGUCUUCUCCUUCUUGCUGCUUGUACCAUGUGCCGUUGCAGGAUCACCAACCAGGAGAUAGGGACAAUGAUGGAUGCGGUGGCAGUGGCAGGUGGAAUUGCUGAGUUACCAUGCGACGUGGAACCGCCAGUCUCUGGGGACAAGUUGCACCUAGUUAUUUGGUACAAGGAGGAGGCAGACGCACCGAUAUACAGUUUCGACACAAGGAAGCAAAGCAACCUGGAACAAGGACAACACUGGCAGGAUAGCAGCCUCGACAGUCGUGCCUUCUUCAGAUACUCGGAGAAUCCCGCAAAACUCACCCUGAACAACGUCCGUGAGAGCGACGCAGCCGUUUACAGAUGCAGGGUCGAUUUCAAGCAGUCGCCGACCAGGAACAGUAAAGUCAAUCUCACGGUGAUCAUACCGCCGGAGCAGCUUAGUAUAUUGGACGAAGAUGGAAAGUCUCAUAUACCCCACUACAUUCUAGGCCCAUACAGCGAGGGUGCUUCUUUGAAUAUUACAUGUGUCGCUGCUGGUGGUCGACCGCAACCGCGAGUGACGUGGUGGCAGGAAAACGCUCUCCUCGACGACACCUACGAAACCGUCGGCACCAAAAGGGUUCGUAAUGUGUUGAGACUGGAGAAACUGGGACGUGAACAUCUGAACGCUGUUUUAACUUGCCAGGCAUCGAAUAACAAUAUGGUCGCAGCUAUAUCGAGCUCUGUCACCUUGGAUAUGAACUUGAGGCCAUUGUGGGUCCGCAUGCAAGGGGAAAACCGUCCAUUCAGUGCUGGAACCACGUACGAAAUCGGCUGCGAAGUCGUCGGGGCUAGACCGACCCCGAAGAUCACAUGGUCGAAAGGUAGCAUCAUGCUGAGGAACGCCAGACAGACGAUGAGCCCCGACAAGAACGUCACCACGAGCCUUCUCACCUUCGAGCCGAGUAUCGAGGAUGCCGGCAAGUUCCUCUCCUGCCAUGGCAGCGUGCCGGAUAUCCCGGAUUCCGAGAUGGAGGAUGGAUGGAAGCUCGAUAUAUACCACGAGCCAGUAGUCACCCUCGAGUUGGGUAGCAAUCUUAAUUUAAGUGCCAUCCGAGAGGGUAUCGACGUUUACUUCGAAUGCAACAUCAGAUCGAAUCCAUGGGUCUACAAGGUCUCCUGGCAACAUAACGGCAAUCCGUUGUACCAUAAUCCAGCUACGGGAACAAUAAUCAGCAAUCAAAGCCUGGUAUUGCAAAGCGUGACUCGCAGCAGAGCCGGGAUCUAUACUUGCAUCGGUAGCAAUCAGGAAGGCGACGGAGUGAGCAACCCUCUGAAUCUGGACAUCAAAUUUACACCUGUCUGUCACCAAGGCCAGGCGAAGGUGUUCGGUGUGGCGCGACAGGAAACCGCAAGGAUACCAUGCGAGCUGGAAGCAAAUCCAUCGGAAGUAACGUUCACCUGGAAGUUCAAUAACACGAUGGAAGCGGUCGACAUACCUCAGGCACACGUCACCAGCGAACGAACCCGUUCCAAUGCUUCGUACACGCCAAUGACAGAAUUAGACUACGGUACCCUUCUUUGUUGGGGUACCAAUGAUCAGGGGACACAACUCGAACCCUGUGUUUAUCACAUCGUGCCAGCUGGUCACCCGGACACGCCGCACAAUUGCUCUCUUCUGAACCAAACGACGGACUCGUUGUACGUGGAGUGCACAGAGGGCUUCGACGGCGGUUUGCCACAGAAAUUCACGAUACAGGUGGAUAGGGAAGCGGGUACCGGUAGCUCAUCCUCGAAACCGACCGGCACAGUGUACAACCAGACAAGUCAAGUUCCAUCGUUCUCGGUGGGCAAUCUCGAGCCAGGCACCACUUACGAGGUCUACGUGUACGCCAGCAACAGCAAGGGUCGCAGCGAGACGGUCCAUUUUCGUGCCACCACCCUGAAUCUACCCGAAAGGCGAACAGCAGGUGAGAGGCUGGCGCAACCUCCACCCCCGGAGAAUUGCACGAUCAUGGAAGAGAGUCGGACAACGGUGAGGGUGAGCUGCGCUGAGAGCGAGUACAUCGACCCUCGGCCUGCCACCUAUGUGCUGCAGGUGUUCGACGCUUACACCAAUCGUCUUCUGGGCUCCGCGAGUAGCAUGACGCCUAGUAUGCUCGAGAUCACGAAUCUACCCGAGCAGAGGAGUUACUCCGGUCUGGUGCUAUCCCUGAGGACGUUCACGAAGCACGCGGUGAGCGACGCCACGGUUCUUCACAGCCCGCACUAUGUUCAGGAGGGUAAGACACAGGAGCAUCAACGUCACCCAGCUCUCACCCCGGGGAUGCUGUCGUUGUCUGGACCAUUGUUGGGCGCGGUGGUCGGCGCGACAGCGGGUCUUCUACUGGUGAUCUUCGUGAUAGUACUGGCGGUGAGAUUACGGUAUCGACCGAGGCCUCAGGAGGACAAGGACUCUCACGACGACGGUGGCAUGGCAAACCUGGCUGCGUCCGGAACCGGCAGUUCCUCUCCACGUGAUAAAUCGUCGACCCUGCCUCUCAACUCCGACAGCAUCGAGAGCUUCGAGAAGGACCCUGAUAUAAUUCCUCACGCUAAUGAAAAUUCUUAUGCCGAACUAUGCAAGGGUGCUUCGCCUCGUUAUGUGCUGCACCAACCACGAACCGAUGCAAGUACUUUUACCAAUACGAACAACGGAUCAGAGUUAACGUACGCCGAGCUGUCGCUUCGUGGCAACCGACGAAUACCUCCUAAUUGUUAUCAGCCGGUACAGGUAUCCAAUAUUCAACGGCCUCAACUGCUGGCCAUGUCGACUCUGACGCGUAGGCAGCCAAUUCAGGAACCGACGAUUUACGCGCAAGUCGCCAGUCAUUCUAAGCCGAUUUAUGUGCCGCCCCCGCAUCCGUACAUGAAUCGUAGCUGCGACGAGACCACGGCAGAAACUCCAUUAAUCGGACACGACAAUAAGAUCACCACGAUCAGUCAAUCGGGUAAUUCAAUAUGGCGUACCGACGCACCGCCAGUCUCAAACGCACCGACGACAUGAUUUUAAAAAUCUCGACUUCGAUCCAUGUAUAAUUUUGCUCUUACAUGUUUCUCGAUUCACCCGUUGCUAGAAAAAAAACGUUAAAUUCUUUAUAAUAAUAAAGAAGAAAAGAUAAAGAGAAAACUAAGCACUUCAACGUACGAUGUUACCAUUAAACUUUCUCUUUACGAAUGUUACGAAAGAUUAAUUAAACGGAGAACGAUGAAAGUAAUUAAAAAAAAAAAAAGGAAACAAAUGUUUGCGCGAAGUAUAGUACGAGUAUAUAUCACACAUAUGCUCCCGAAUGAUUUGUGAUAGAUUUAUAAUGAGAAUUCGAUCGCGAUCUCUCGAAUUUCCUCGAGAUAUCAUGGUAUCGAUCUUUCGUCUAGGAGAAAUUGUUCUGUUUCGCGGGUAAAAGGUCCGAUAGCGCAGCGAUCGGCAUCGAUGGUCCUGAAUAUCGAAGAGCGUCAAAUUAACGGACCCUUUUUAGCCGUCCGUAAAGAAAAAUAAAUAAACAAACAAGAUCCCGAGAGAUUGCAAAAUUAAGUGCCGCGAUUCGUCGACACGAUCGAUAAUUACGUGAAUUAUAAUUCCAUUGCACGUUUCAGUUCGUAAGUACGCGCCAAGCGAUAGUGAAGGUUCUAACGCGCAUGCGCGAAUCUUCUGAGAGUACAUAUAUAGGGCGCGGUCAUCCAGGCCCGCUUCAGUCUAGCCGCACUUUGUGGCGCAGCAACAUCACUCGUUAAGAGAUGUUUCGUCGUAUCACAGAUGCCUCCGACUAUUCAGAUAUGUAUUUUAAAAAGUCACGAUUAUGUUUUUUAUUAAAUGAAUAAUCAUUUCUACCCCUGUCCUCUCCUUUGAUUCAUCUUCAACCUUCACUCUCGCCUGGCAGAACUAUAACGCGGUUGUUUGGCGGUGCCAGGAAGUACAAUCAAUACGGCGAAUCUUUAAUUGUUUUCGUUCGAUAUUACGUUUGACGAAGUGUAAUUGUAGAGGUACGAUAGAAUUACGGCGGUAUGUAUACACAUAUUAUUAAGCGUGCAUCGAAACUCGACACAUUUUAAGGUGUUCUUUCAGCAGCUUAAUUAUUUAUUGUUGGACAUGAAUGACGGAAAAUUUCUAUGUACAGAUUUAGAUAAAUGCGGUGUUAUUAUAACAAUGUUAUUUAAUCGUGGAUAGAAUUUAAAUGAAAAAAAAAAGAAGAUACAAAUUUGACGAUUUUCGAAUUAAUAUAUACGAGUCUGUUGGUUAUCUUAAACUCAUUCUGUAUGUAUGUACGAUCGUUGCUCAGUUCGAAGCUUUAACCGUCCCGAGGGAGGAAAUGAUUCUUUUUUUUUGUCUUGUACGGAAUAGUUACCCGCUACUUACGUAAUAAUUUUUAUUUAGUAUAAAUCAUUUAAGUUAGAAUGUUACGUGGUAAGGUGAUCGUAUUCUUUCACGAAGAGAGAAUAAAGGAUUAGAUCCUUUUCGUUUUCUUUUCCUUAGAAUUGUUAGAGUUUUAUACGUAAAAACUCUAUUGCAACCAAAGUAUCAGUUUUUUAAUAACAAAGUUUACAUUAACGUAUUAAACGAUAUUUGAUAUAAUUAUAGUUUUAUAGCGUAUUACUUUAAUUACUAAUUUUACUAAUUUUAGUGGAAAUAAUAUUUUGAAACUUUUAUUUUACGUAUGUAUCGUAGGAAGGAAAGCUACUUGUUAAAAACAAGAGAUAUGAUCACCCUACUGUUAUAGCCAGGUCGCCUGCAGGGGGUUGCACGUUUGAGGAAGAACGACGAGGCGUGACGAGAAUAGAAUUCUCGUACGUAUCGUUGUGUUUCGUGCGGGAACGUUUUCAGAAGACUGAAACUGGGAAAAUGGAAAAUAAGGAGGAAGUGUGGAAAGUUUAUAUUAUGUAAUACGUGCCAUACAAUUUCAGUGCCACGAGGCACCGUGCAUCCAAGUAAUUCGAGAUCGUUACAUGCAUGAUCUAAUUCCGGCUCGUUUCGUUUCGAACUGCGCCUUUCUUUAUGAUAAUUAAUAAGCCGCAGGGUUUUCGUUUUCGUCGCAGAAAUUAUCAUAAUUAACAGAAACAUUCCAUCGUAUGCGUUCCGAUUCUGCACCGUUUCCUUUCAAGUUUCGAGUUAGGGAAGAGGAAUAU